AUGCCUGUGGCUAUUGAUGUUGGCCAACGUGUACUUGUUUAUAAUCCAUCACAUGGAUGGACAACGGCAUAUUUUGUUCGAGCGCAACAAGCAAAUGAUAAUAAACUUCAAAUAUUAACAUGUCGAUUAUCAAAUUGUCAUCAUAAACCAACAUCACAAGAUCAUUAUCGUUAUCCACCUGAACGUGUUGCUUUAAAUGAUAAUAUAAAUGAUAAUAUUAAUGUUGGUACACGUGUACUUUAUAUGCCAAGUGGUGACGCUGAUACAUCAAGAUAUAUUGAUAAACCAUUACGUGGUAUUAUAGCUGAACAACCAUCACUAAAUAAUAAUCAACAUUAUUUAAUAUUUGCUGAUAAUGAUGCACCAUUUUAUGUACGUUCAAAUGCAAUACGAUUAUUACUUGAAUCAUUAUCAAAUUAUUUAUCAAAAGUUGAUUUAGGUACAAGACAAUAUAUUGAAAAUUAUGUUUUAACAUAUCCUAAACGACGUCUUGUUAAUAUAUCUGUUAAAGAUCAUAUUAAUAUUGAAUCAAAUGGACAAUGGAUUGAUGCAAUUGUAUCAAAAGUUGAUGCUAGUCUUAUGCGUGUAUUUAUACCAAUAUUAAAUAAACAUGAAUGGUUUUAUCGUGGUUCAUUACGUCUUCAACCAUUAUUUAAUUCAUUAUCAUCAUAUGAACCACCAUGUAAACGUUUUGCUUCUGAUAAACAAUUAACAAUUAAUGAUAAUAAAUGUCAUUUUCUUUUAAUACCAUUAAAUUAUGGUUGGAAACGUCAAAUACGUAAUGAUCUUGGUACGAUUGUAUAUGUAUCACCAUGUGGACAAAUGUUUACUGACGGUGAACGUUUACAUACAUAUUUAUAUCAAAUUAAUUCACCAUUAACAAUUCGACAAUUUACAUUUGAUAUGAAUUGUCGUGUAAUACAAAAAUUUAUUUCACCAAAUACAGCAUUUGUUAAUCUUGAAGAUUAUGCAUUAGGAAAAGAAAAAGUACCAUUAAUGCUUGUUAAUGAAAUUGAUUCAUCAUUACCAAAACCAUUUGAAUAUAUUAUUGACCGAAUACCAUUAACAUCAGAUAUUAUUAUUGAUAAAAAUAAUAUCAAUGGUUGUACAUGUACAGAUGGUUGUUUAGAUAUAACAAAAUGUGCUUGUUGGCAAAAAACAUAUGAUGCUAUUAUACAAUCACAUUAUUAUGAAGAUUUAAUUAAUUCAUUAAAAGAAUUAUUUCAACAAUCAAUUGAUGAGGAUGAUGAUAGACUUGAUCAUACAGAUGAUAUGAGAUUAUUUCUUUAUGAUGCAUUAGCUAAAAGAAAUUUUGGUUAUAAACAUGGACGAUUACUUGAAAAAAUCCAUUCAGGUAUUUAUGAAUGUAAUGGUAAAUGUAAAUGUGAUUCACGUUGUACAAAUCGAUGUGUGCAAUUUGGUUUAAAUACUCUUCUACAAAUCUAUAAUACGUCAGAAAAAGGUUGGGGUGUACGAACAUUAUAUGAUUUACCAGCUGGUACUUUUUUAAGUUUUUAUGCUGGAGAAAUACUUAAUGAUGAAGAUGCUAAUCGACGUGGUGUAGAAAAAACUAUGGGUGAUGUUUAUUUUACUGCAUUAGAUUUUGUUACAUCACUUAAACCAACAUCAUUACAGAGAAAAUUCAGAUCGAUUUCUCAGAGAGAUCAAUCUAAUGAACAAACGAAUUUCUACAAUGAUGAUGAUCAUCAAUUAUUUUCUAAUCAAACAUCAGUAAUACAACAUAAUGAAAAUAAACAUACAUCUAUUGAAGAAAAACAAAUCUCAUCAGAAAAUAAUAAAAUAUUUCCUGAUUAUCAACAAAUAAAUUAUGAUUCAGGUAUAUUUGUUAUGGAUGCUCAUUUCAAAGGAAAUGUAUCAAGAUUUUAUAAUCAUUCAUGUUCACCAAAUGUUUUUGUUCAAAAUGUAUUUAUUGAAACAUGGGAUGUACGAUUUCCUUGGGUAGCUUUUUUUACAGCAUCUAAUAUUAAAGCUGGUACGGAAUUAGCAUGGGAUUAUUCGUAUGAAGUUGAUACAGUGGAAAAUCGUGUGUUACAUUGUCGUUGUGGUUCAGAUGAAUGUCGCCAUCGAUUACUUUAA